ACUCCAAACAGUGAGACUUGAGCUGGAGAGCAGCGUUUACCGGCGGGGCGGCCGGUGAGAAGGCUGGUGGUGCUGCGGCUUUGAGGAGGCUUGGCGAGGACGUGGGACGAGCAGCGUGAGGGGAGAGGGCUUGGCUGGUUUUGUGAAUGAAGCAAUGGCUACAGAUUCCCCCAGAAGACCCAGUCGUUGUACUGGUGGAGUCGUGGUUCGCCCUCAGGCUGUCACGGAGCAGUCCUACAUGGAAAGUGUCGUGACUUUUCUGCAGGAUGUUGUGCCCCAGGCUUACAGUGGAACACCUCUAACAGAAGAAAAGGAGAAAAUAGUCUGGGUCAGAUUUGAAAAUGCAGAUUUAAAUGAUACAUCAAGAAAUCUGGAAUUUCAUGAAAUACAUAGCACAGGGAAUGAGCCACCUUUGCUGAUUAUGAUUGGCUACAGUGAUGGAAUGCAGGUCUGGAGCAUCCCUAUCAGUGGGGAAGCACAGGAGCUUUUUUCUGUUCGACAUGGCCCAAUUCGAGCAGCUAGGAUCUUGCCUGCUCCACAGUUUGGUGCUCCAAAGUGUGACAACUUUGCUGAAAAAAGGCCCCUCCUUGGUGUUUGUAAGAGCACUGGAUCUUCUGGCACAAGUCCACCUUACUGUUGUGUGGAUUUAUAUUCACUUCGUACUGGGGAGAUGGUCAAGUCCAUUCAGUUUAAAACACCUAUCUAUGAUCUCCAUUGCAACAAAAGGAUCCUUGUCGUAGUAUUGCAGGAGAAAAUUGCUGCCUUUGAUAGCUGUACUUUCACAAAAAAAUUUUUUGUCACAAGCUGCUACCCUUGUCCCGGGCCCAACAUGAAUCCUAUUGCUCUUGGGAGCCGCUGGCUUGCUUAUGCAGAAAACAAGUUGAUUCGAUGUCAUCAGUCCCGUGGUGGAGCCUGUGGGGACAACAUUCAGUCUUAUACUGCCACAGUCAUUAGUGCUGCUAAAACGUUGAAAACUGGCCUGACAAUGGUUGGGAAGGUGGUAACUCAGCUGACAGGCACGCUGCCUUCAGGUGUGACAGAAGAUGAUGUUGCCAUCCACAGUAAUUCAAGGCGGAGUCCUCUGGUCCCAGGCAUCAUCACAGUAAUCGACACUGAGACAGUUGGAGAGGGCCAGGUGCUUGUGAGUGAGGAUUCUGACAGUGAUGGCAUCGUGGCCCAUUUCCCUGCUCAUGAAAAACCAGUGUGCUGUAUGGCUUUUAAUACAAGCGGAAUGCUUCUAGUCACAACAGAUACCCUUGGCCAUGACUUCCAUGUCUUCCAAAUUUUGACUCAUCCUUGGUCCUCAUCACAAAGUGCUGUCCAUCAUCUGUAUACUCUUCACAGGGGAGAAACUGAAGCCAAAGUACAAGACAUAUGCUUCAGCCAUGACUGUCGCUGGGUUGUGGUCAGUACACUCCGGGGGACUUCCCACGUUUUCCCAAUCAACCCUUAUGGUGGCCAGCCUUGUGUUCGAACACAUAUGUCACCACGAGUCGUAAAUCGUAUGAGCCGUUUCCAGAAGAGUGCUGGGCUGGAAGAGAUUGAACAGGAACUGACGUCUAAGCAAGGAGGUCGCUGUAGCCCUGUUCCAGGUCUAUCCAGCAGCCCUUCUGGAUCACCUCUGCACGGGAAACUCAACAGCCAAGACUCCUACAAUAAUUUUGCCAACAACAACCCUGGCAACCCCCGGCUUUCUCCUCUCCCCAGCCUGAUGGUAUUGAUGCCUCUUGCACAAAUCAAGCAGCCAAUGACAUUGGGGACCAUCACCAAACGAACAGGGCCUUAUCUGUUUGGAGCGGGGUGUUUUUCCAUAAAAGCUCCAUGCAAAGUUAAACCACCUCCACAAAUUUCACCCAGCAAAUCAGUGGGCGGAGAAUUUUGCGUGGCUGCGACGUUUGGGACAUCCCGAUCGUGGUUUGCAAAUAAUGCAGGUCUGAAAAGAGAAAAAGAUCAGUCCAAACAAGUUGUAGUUGAAUCCCUCUACAUUAUUAGCUGCUACGGGACCUUAGUGGAGCACAUGAUGGAGCCACGACCGCUUAGCACUGCCCCCAAGAUCAGCGAUGACACCCCGCUGGAAAUGAUGACAUCUCCCCGAGCCAGCUGGACUCUGGUUAGAACUCCUCAAUGGAAUGAAUUGCAACCACCAUUUAACGCAAACCACCCUCUGCUCCUUGCUGCAGAUGCAGUACAGUAUUAUCAGUUCCUGCUUGCUGGCCUGGUUCCCCCUGGAAGUCCUGGGCCCAUUACUCGGCAUGGGUCCUAUGACAGUUUAGCUUCUGACCAUAGUGGGCAGGAAGAUGAAGAGUGGCUGUCUCAGGUAGAAAUUGUAACGCACACCGGACCCCACAGACGUCUGUGGAUGGGUCCACAGUUCCAGUUCAAAACCAUCCAUCCCUCAGGCCAAACCACAGUCAUAUCAUCCAGUUCAUCUGUGUUGCAGUCUCAUGGUCCAAGUGAUACUCCACAGCCCCUUUCGGAUUUUGAUACAGAUGAUCUUGAUCUCAACAGUCUCAGGAUCCAGCCAGUCCGCUCUGACCCAGUCAGCAUGCCAGGGUCAUCCCGUCCAGUGUCUGAUCGAAGGGGAAUUUCCACCGUGAUUGAUGCUGCCUCAGGUAGAAAACUACCUCCAAAAUGUUUACUGGGCACCUUCGACCGGAGCGUGACCCUGCUGGAGGUGUGUGGGAGCUGGCCGGAGGGCUUCGGGCCGCGGCACAUGGCCUCCAUGGAGCACACGGAGGAGGGCCUGCGGGAGCGGCUGGCCGAUGCCAUGGCCGAGUCGCCGAGCCGGGACGUGGUGGGCUCCGGAACAGCACUAGCUUCAUGCCUGCCCAUAGCUCUCGUGUGAUAAUUGGCAAAUGAACAGAAUAGAUGCAAGAGAGGGAGUUGGCUAGAGAUGGAGAGGUGCUUUAUCUGGCCACAGGAGACAGCCAUCUCUGAGGACCGGCCCCCUCCACGCCCCCUUCUUCCCUGGAAAGGAAGACGUGCACCAUGGAAGCUGCAACAAGCCACGUCCCACCCCCUCGACUCCCACAAGCACAGACGUGGGCAUGCCACCUCUCCACCCCCAUUGUAAAGCCAUCCAGCUCGUGAAUGGCAGGUCAUCAUGCCGUUGUUCUCCCACCUGGAUCCGGAGAUGAGAAGCGGCUGUGCCAUUUACAGGGGCUCUAACCCCAUUUUGCUUGGAAGCUGGCCGAAGGGAGAAAAGCUUCUCCCUUUCUGAACCUUGCUUGUAGCGCAGCUUUCCCCUACGUCUCUGGGGCCCUGGCCAGCCCCAGCUCACACAAACCAGAGCCCGUGGCACCAGACACACUCCCAAGGAGCCACCCUUCCAGGGGCCAGAGCAGCUCUGGGUCAGCUCUCCUCCCCAGCUGCCUUCCUCAGAAGCCACUUAGAGCACCUCCGUGUCAUCCAGCAACAGAUUGGAAGUCUUGGAAGGCGCAUUCAGGCAGAGUUGGGGAACUUCAGCCUGGCACAGACCAUUAGUAACCUGAGCGAAGCUGGCAGCCAUUCAUCUGCCAGACAGCUGAAGGAUUCGGGAGAGUCUUUGUGGCCUUAAGCAGGUUCAUGAAAUUAAAAAAAAAAAAAAAAAGAAGAAGAGAGAGAGGAAAUUAAAACUGCAUGACCCACAGGUCAGAAAAUAGGAGAUGCCCUUUUUGAGCAUAGGGAUUUCAUUUUCCUCCCCAAACUGUCACCAAAUGGGAUUCAUUCGGUUUUCUUUGACCAGAUUAAA